AUGGAGCCCAGCCACGCAACGUGCUGCUGGUGGUGGGAAGACACGGAGCCCAGCCACGCAACGUGCUGCUGGUGGUGGGAAGACACGGAGCCCAGCCACGCAACGUGCUGCUGGUGGUGGGAAGACAUGGAGCCCAAGCCACGCAACGUGCUGCUGGUGGUGGGAAGACAUGGAGCCCAGCCACGCAACGUGCUGCUGGUGGUGGGAAGACAUGGAGCCCAGCCAUGCAACGUGCUGCUGGUGGUGGGAAGACAUGGAGCCCAGCCACGCAACGUGCUGCUGGUGGUGGGAAGACAUGGAGCCCAGCCACGCAACGUGCUGCUGGUGGUGGGAAGACAUGGAGCCCAGCCACGCAACGUGCUGCUGGUGGUGGGAAGACAUGGAGCCCAGCCAUGCAACGUGCUGCUGGUGGUGGGAAGACAUGGAGCCCAGCCACGCAACGUGCUGCUGGUGGUGGGAAGACAUGGAGCCCAGCCACGCAACGUGCUGCUGGUGGUGGGAAGACAUGGAGCCCAGCCACGCAACGUGCUGUUGGUGGUGGGAAGACAUGGAGUCCAGCCACGCAACGUGCUGUUGGUGGUGGGAAGACAUGGAGCCCAGCCAUGCAACGUGCUGCUGGUGGUGGGAAGACAUGGAGCCCAGCCACGCAACGUGCUGCUGGUGGUGGGAAGACAUGGAGCCCAGCCACGCAACGUGCUGCUGGUGGUGGGAAGACAUGGAGCCCAGCCAUGCAACGUGCUGCUGGUGGUGGGAAGACAUGGAGCCCAGCCACGCAACGUGCUGCUGGUGGUGGGAAGACAUGGAGCCCAGCCACGCAACGUGCUGCUGGUGGUGGGAAGACAUGGAGCCCAGCCAUGCAACGUGCUGCUGGUGGUGGGAAGACAUGGAGCCCAGCCACGCAACGUGCUGUUGGUGGUGGGAAGACAUGGAGCCCAGCCACGCAACGUGCUGUUGGUGGUGGGAAGACAUGGAGCCCAGCCACGCAACGUGCUGUUGGUGGUGGGAAGACAUGGAGCCCAGCCACGCAACGUGCUGCUGGUGGUGGGAAGACAUGGAGCCCAGCCACGCAACGUGCUGCUGGUGGUGGGAAGACAUGGAGCCCAGCCACGCAACGUGCUGCUGGUGGUGGGAAGACAUGGAGCCCAGCCACGCAACGUGCUGCUGGUGGUGGGAAGACAUGGAGCCCAGCCACGCAACGUGCUGCUGGUGGUGGGAAGACAUGGAGCCCAGCCACGCAACGUGCUGCUGGUGGUGGGAAGACAUGGAGCCCAGCCACGCAACGUGCUGCUGGUGGUGGGAAGACAUGGAGCCCAGCCACGCAACGUGCUGCUGGUGGUGGGAAGACAUGGAGCCCAGCCACGCAACGUGCUGCUGGUGGUGGGAAGACAUGGAGCCCAGCCACGCAACGUGCUGCUGGUGGUGGGAAGACAUGGAGCCCAGCCACGCAACGUGCUGCUGGUGGUGGGAAGACAUGGAGCCCAGCCACGCAACGUGCUGCUGGUGGUGGGAAGACAUGGAGCCCAGCCACGCAACGUGCUGCUGGUGGUGGGAAGACAUGGAGCCCAGCCACGCAACGUGCUGCUGGUUAUGGGAAGACAUGGAGCCCAGCCACGCAACGUGCUGCUGGUGGUGGGAAGACAUGGAGCCCAGCCACGCAACGUGCUACUGGUGGUGGGAAGACAUGGAGCCCAGCCACGCAACGUGCUGCUGGUGGUGGGAAGACAUGGAGCUCAGCCACGCAACGUGCUGCUGGUGGUGGGAAGACAUGGAGCCCAGCCACGCAACGUGCUGCUGGUGGUGGGAAGACAUGGAGCCCAGCCACGCAACGUGCUGCUGGUGGUGGGAAGACAUGGAGCCCAGCCACGCAACGUGCUGCUGGUGGUGGGAAGACAUGGAGCCCAGCCACGCAACGUGCUGCUGGUUAUGGGAAGACAUGGAGCCCAGCCACGCAACGUGCUACUGGUGGUGGGAAGACAUGGAGCCCAGCCACGCAACGUGCUACUGGUGGUGGGAAGACAUGGAGCCCAGCCACGCAACGUGCUGCUGGUGGUGGGAAGACAUGGAGCCCAGCCACGCAACGUGCUGCUGGUGGUGGGAAGACAUGGAGCCCAGCCACGCAACGUGCUGCUGGUGGUGGGAAGACAUGGAGCCCAGCCACGCAACGUGCUGCUGGUGGUGGGAAGACAUGGAGCCCAGCCACGCAACGUGCUGCUGGUGGUGGGAAGACAUGGAGCCCAGCCAUGCAAUGUUCUGGUUGUGGGAAGACAUGGAGCCCAGCCAUGCAACGUGCUGCUGGUGGUGGGAAGACAUGGAGCCCAGCCACGCAACGUGCUGCUGGUGGUGGGAAGACAUGGAGCCCAGCCAUGCAACGUGCUGCUGGUGGUGGGAAGACAUGGAGCCCAGCCAUGCAACGUGCUGCUGGUGGUGGGAAGACAUGGAGCCCAGCCAUGCAACGUGCUGCUGGUGGUGGGAAGACAUGGAGCCCAGCCACGCAACGUGCUGCUGGUGGUGGGAAGACAUGGAGCCCAGCCAUGCAAUGUUCUGGUUGUGGGAAGACAUGGAGCCCAGCCAUGCAACGUGCUGCUGGUGGUGGGAAGACAUGGAGCCCAGCCACGCAACGUGCUGCUGGUGGUGGGAAGACAUGGAGCCCAGCCACGCAACGUGCUGCUGGUGGUGGGAAGACAUGGAGCCCAGCCACGCAACGUGCUGCUGGUGGUGGGAAGACAUGGAGCCCAGCCACGCAACGUGCUGCUGGUGGUGGGAAGACAUGGAGCCCAGCCACGCAACGUGCUGCUGGUGGUGGGAAGACAUGGAGCCCAGCCACGCAACGUGCUGCUGGUGGUGGGAAGACACGGAGCCCAGCCACGCAACGUGCUGCUGGUGGUGGGAAGACACGGAGCCCAGCCACGCAACGUGCUGCUGGUGGUGGGAAGACACGGAGCCCAGCCACGCAACGUGCUGCUGGUGGUGGGAAGACACGGAGCCCAGCCACGCAACGUGCUGCUGGUGGUGGGAAGACAUGGAGCCCAGCCACGCAACGUGCUGCUGGUGGUGGGAAGGACAUGGAGCCCAGCCACGCAACGUGCUGCUGGUGGUGGGAAGACAUGGAGCCCAGCCACGCAACGUGCUGCUGGUGGUGGGAAGACAUGGAGCCCAGCCACGCAACGUGCUGUUGGUGGUGGGAAGACAUGGAGCCCAGCCACGCAACGUGCUGUUGGUGGUGGGAAGACAUGGAGUCCAGCCACGCAACGUGCUGUUGGUGGUGGGAAGACAUGGAGCCCAGCCAUGCAACGUGCUGCUGGUGGUGGGAAGACAUGGAGCCCAGCCACGCAACGUGCUGCUGGUGGUGGGAAGACAUGGAGCCCAGCCACGCAACGUGCUGCUGGUGGUGGGAAGACAUGGAGCCCAGCCAUGCAACGUGCUGCUGGUGGUGGGAAGACAUGGAGCCCAGCCACGCAACGUGCUGCUGCUGCCUGGUAGGUGGGAAGACAUGGAGCCCAGCCACGCAACGUGCUGCUGGUGGUGGGAAGACAUGGAGCCCAGCCACGCAACGUGCUGUUGGUGGUGGGAAGACAUGGAGCCCAGCCAUGCAACGUGCUGUUGGUGGUGGGAAGACAUGGAGCCCAGCCACGCAACGUGCUGUUGGUGGUGGGAAGACAUGGAGCCCAGCCACGCAACGUGCUGCUGGUGGUGGGAAGACAUGGAGCCCAGCCACGCAACGUGCUGCUGGUGGUGGGAAGACAUGGAGCCCAGCCACGCAACGUGCUGCUGGUGGUGGGAAGACAUGGAGCCCAGCCACGCAACGUGCUGCUGGUGGUGGGAAGACAUGGAGCCCAGCCACGCAACGUGCUGCUGGUGGUGGGAAGACAUGGAGCCCAGCCACGCAACGUGCUGCUGGUGGUGGGAAGACAUGGAGCCCAGCCACGCAACGUGCUGCUGGUGGUGGGAAGACAUGGAGCCCAGCCACGCAACGUGCUUGCUGGUGGUGGGAAGACAUGGAGCCCAGCCACGCAACGUGCUGCUGGUGGUGGAAGACAUGGAGCCCAGCCACGCAACGUGCUGCUGGUGGUGGGAAGACAUGGAGCCCAGCCACGCAACGUGCUGCUGGUGGUGGGAAGACAUGGAGCCCAGCCACGCAACGUGCUGCUGGUGGUGGGAAGACAUGGAGCCCAGCCACGCAACGUGCUGCUGGUGGUGGGAAGACAUGGAGCCCAGCCACGCAACGUGCUGCUGGUGGUGGGAAAGACAUGGAGCCCAGCCACGCAACGUGCUGCUGGUUAUGGGAAGACAUGGAGCCCAGCCACGCAACGUGCUGCUGGUGGUGGGAAGACAUGGAGCCCAGCCACGCAACGUGCUACUGGUGGUGGGAAGACAUGGAGCCCAGCCACGCAACGUGCUGCUGGUGGUGGGAAGACAUGGAGCUCAGCCACGCAACGUGCUGCUGGUGGUGGGAAGACAUGGAGCCCAGCCACGCAACGUGCUGCUGGUGGUGGGAAGACAUGGAGCCCAGCCACGCAACGUGCUGCUGGUGGUGGGAAGACAUGGAGCCCAGCCACGCAACGUGCUGCUGGUGGUGGGAAGACAUGGAGCCCAGCCACGCAACGUGCUGCUGGUUAUGGGAAGACAUGGAGCCCAGCCACGCAACGUGCUACUGGUGGUGGGAAGACAUGGAGCCCAGCCACGCAACGUGCUACUGGUGGUGGGAAGACAUGGAGCCCAGCCACGCAACGUGCUGCUGGUGGUGGGAAGACAUGGAGCCCAGCCACGCAACGUGCUGCUGGUGGUGGGAAGACAUGGAGCCCAGCCACGCAACGUGCUGCUGGUGGUGGGAAGACAUGGAGCCCAGCCACGCAACGUGCUGCUGGUGGUGGGAAGACAUGGAGCCCAGCCACGCAACGUGCUGCUGGUGGUGGGAAGACAUGGAGCCCAGCCAUGCAAUGUUCUGGUUGUGGGAAGACAUGGAGCCCAGCCAUGCAACGUGCUGCUGGUGGUGGGAAGACAUGGAGCCCAGCCACGCAACGUGCUGCUGGUGGUGGGAAGACAUGGAGCCCAGCCAUGCAACGUGUGCUGGUGGUGGGAAGACAUGGAGCCCAGCCAUGCAACGUGUGCUGGUGGUGGGAAGACAUGGAGCCCAGCCAUGCAACGUGUGCUUGGUGGUGGGAAGACAUGGAGCCCAGCCACGCAACGUGCUGUGGUUGGUGGGAAGACAUGGAGCCCAGCCAUGCAAUGUUCUGGUUGGGGAAGACAUGGAGCCCAGCCCUGCAAUGUUCUGGUUGUGGGAAGACAUGGAGCCCAGCCAUGCAACCUGUGCUGCUGGUGGUGGGAAGACAUGGAGCCCAGCCAUGCAAUGUUCUGGUGGUGGGAAGACAUGGAACCCAGCCAUGCAAUGUUCUGGUGGUGGGAAGACAUGGAACCCAGCCAUGCAAUGUUCUGGUGGUGGGAAGACAUGGAACCCAGCCAUGCAAUGUUCUGGUUGUGGGAAGACAUGGAACCCAGCCAUGCAAUGUUCUGGUUGUGGGAAGUGGCAUUGAUAACAUCUCCAGUCUCUAGGGAUGGGCAUCGAAAUGAUUUAUAUAUCUCUAUAUAUAUAAUAUCACUAUUAGAAUAAUAUCAUGACAGUCUAAAUAAACAUUAUCAUAAAAAAUAAAAAAUAAACUUCAAUGGAGACUUGCUCUGGUAUCCCUUCUAGACAAAACCGGGAAGGGGCGAGAGAGGAGCAGUGUCCGGCCGACUCGUGCUAG